AUGGCAACCGCGGUAGUCGUCUCGACUGUCGCGCACCUAGCCCAAGUGCUCGACCGGUUGACCCUCAAGGCAACCGUGCCGCCGCAUCUGUACAUCGACAUCGAAGGUGUCAACCUAUCACGCAACGGCACCAUCUCCAUCUUCACGCUGUUCGACCGUACCUCGAAAUUGGUGUACCUGAUCGACGUCUACUCCCUUGGCUUCGCAGCCUUUACAACUCAUUCCGCCACCUGCAAGACCUUUACGGACUCGGUCUUUCAGGUUAUCGGUGCUGACACAGCGCCACGCUACGUCACAUUGAAGACGAUCCUGGAGUGUUCCAAGAUCCCGAAGGUCUUCUUCGACGUGCGCAAUGAUUCCGAUGCUCUGUUCGCUCACUUUGGUAUCCGGCUCGAUGGUGUACAGGAUCUCCAGGUGAUGGAGCUAGCGACGCGCUCCGGCCGCAACCGCGAGCGCGUGAACGGUCUCGCUCGCUGCCUCCAUUUUGGUCUUGUCGGGAUCCUGACGCCUCUCCAACGUUCACAGAUCGAUACAAUUAAGAAUCGCGGUUCAGCACUGUUCGAUCCGGAGAAAGGCGGCUCGUUUGAGGUCUUCAACCAGCGACCUCUUGACCCGGUGAUUGAGAAGUACUGCAUGCAGGACGUCAUUUUCCUGCCGCACUUGUGGCUCCGGUAUUAUAAGAAGCUGUGGGUCCCGUUCUGGAAGUUCGUGGUCGCCUCCGAAACGAAGAAGCGCCUCGAAGAGAGCCGCUCUGCGGACUAUGUCCCGCAGGGCAAGCACAAGGCGCUUGGUUGGACGUGGGAUGAUCUCCGCCAGAAGGAGCUGAAGUGGAACAGCGGCAGCUGUUGA